GAGAUUGACCAAGUAAUGUGCAAUGUCCAUGAGCACAUCCUAGGAUGCAAGCUAUCUCUGAGUAGGAUAGAUAUAUUAAAAUACACUGAGCUCAUAUAAAGUAGACUACCUCAGGAAAUAUUACCAAGAAGCCCAGAACUCAAUAAGAUAAGAAAAUAUAUACAACUUCCGACUCAGAUCUCAAAAUCUUCCAAUCUUAAUCUUUUAGCAGAUUUUUAACCAAUUAAAUUAUAUGGCGUCUAGUCAAACUCAUCUCCCCACCACCCUCCCUUGCCUCUCCAAGCCAAUAGUUUUCAUUCGGCUUCAAAGUUUCAGGUAUCCUUGAUAUAUCCCUCGUUCUUUUCUUUUUCUUUCCUAUUUCAUAGCUGCUUGGAAGUCUUUGUUUGAUGAAUUAUUGAUACUCAUAUCAUUGCUUGAGAGCAAUUUUGGUAUCCUCGCAUCUGAUUUCUAUUAGGAUGUUGUUCAUGAUGAGACACAUGUUUUGUUAGAGUAGCUUCUGCUGUUUUUCUUGGCAGUGACUAGUUUCCGAUUUCGAGGUCUCAUUUAGACAGAUGACCAAACCUAACAUUUCAGUGAAGCUAGGAAGAUGGGGUGGGGUUCGCAGGCCAAUCUUUAUUCUUGGUAUUUUAGCUCUCUUGGUCUCUAUUGCUACUUUGUCCAAAUUCUACUCUAUUAGAUCUCUUUUUAUUUCUGAUACGUUCUGCAGUCAUGUUAAUAUUGAGUAUCAAGGCGGAUUUCAGAGUGAACCAGGCAUAGCUGUCGAAACUAUUGUUAGCAAGAUCCAGAAAGAAAUGAAUGAGAUGAGAGAUAUGCCAAUAGACUCUUCGUCAGCAGAAACAAUAGUGUCAAGAUACAGUGCUUUUCUUGCUGAUAUUUUGGGACUUAUUGAGUCAUUACAGACAACUGGAAAUCCCCAGGAAAACAGUGAAAUCAGAGCUGUCCAUCCUCUAGUAGGACGAAAACAACAGUCGGAUGAACCUGCAAAGUUCUUUCUGAUUGAAGAGAUCCGCAAGUAUGUAAGGAUCAAACCCAACCGUUUAGGCAAACAGAACUUCAUGGGAGCUAAUGGAACGUUCACGAGCAUUGGCCAUGCUUGUUUUGCAAUGAAGAAAGAUAUUGAAGAAUAUAUGGAUUAUGAUGUAGGUGAAAUCUGCAAAGAUGAUUGGAAGCUAGCUCAAAAGCUGAUGGUUCAUGGAUGUGAUCCGUUACCGAGGAGGAGGUGCUUUGCAAGGGCCCCGCAGCUAUACAGCAAGCCAUUCCCCAUCAACGAGUCCAUGUGGAAGCUUCCUGACAAUCGAAAUGUCCGGUGGAGCCAGUACAGAUGCAAAAACUUCACUUGCCUAGCUAGCAAUACAACUCGCAAGGGAUUCUUUAAGUGUGCAGAUUGCUUCAAUCUGUCGGACCAUGAAUUGCCAAGAUGGAUCAAACAAGUGAUUUCUGACCCCGAGAUGAAUCUUACAGCAGAUUUUCUGAUACCUGAAGUGCUAAACAUCAAACUAGGAGAGAUCAGAAUAGGAUUGGAUUUCAGUGUAGGAACUGGGACUUUUGCAGCAAGAAUGAGAGAGUUUAAUGUCACAAUAGUCUCAGCAACCAUUAAUCUUGGUGCCCCUUUUAACGAAAUGAUUGCACUUCGGGGACUUGUACCUCUAUACUUGACUAUAAAUCAACGGCUUCCAUUCUUUGACAAUACCCUGGAUUUGUUACACACCACAAGGUUUCUUGAUGGAUGGAUAGAUUUUGUGCUCCUGGAUUUUAUACUGUACGAUUGGGAUAGGGUCUUGAGGCCAGGAGGUUUGCUUUGGAUCGACAGCUUUUUCUGUUUGAAAGAGGACUUGGAUGAUUAUUUGGAAGCCUUUAAGAUGCUGAGUUACAGGAGGCAUAAAUGGAUUGUUGUUCCAAAGCUGGACAAGGAUGAUCGAGAAGUUUUCUUCUCUGCUGUGCUAGAGAAGCCGCCAAGACCAUUUCGUUAAUAACACGAGCAGGCGCGUGUGCAUACACGACAAAGCCGAGAUUUCUUAGUUUUUGGGGCUCGGUUGCUCCACUCUCCCUGGCUUCAAUCUUGAGUCCUUGCUCAAAAAUCAGUGCCUCGUCGUUGGCUUUAAAUAAUUGAUGAUAUAUUAUUUAGGAUAUUACAUUUAUGCUUUUCCUGUUAAUUUAGUUAUCUUCACAUUUUAUGAUUGGUUAUAGACAGUUGAAAACCCUGUAAACGAUUUUACCACUUGAGACCUGUUUGUUUCAUGAGUUAACAAAUAAUAAUAAUAAUAAUUCUUUCCAGUCAAAUUAAAA